AUGAUGUUAGUGGUGGCUGAAUGUGUAAUCGCUAAUGAUGCCGAGAUCUUUAUUAAGGCCAAAGAGGAUGAGAUGAUUCCAAACACACAGUGUGGAGAUGACGUUCGUAAAGGUGUUACUAAUCGUCUGCAAUUACAAGGCAAGAUAUACAUCAGAGGUUGUGUAGAUGCUUUCUCCGCGUGGGCGGAGGACAACCUCGCACUUAUUGCUGGAAUUAUUCUAGGCUUUGCUCUACCACAGUUUGAGUGCUGUGGAGGUCAUGACUAUGAUGACUGGGAGAAUAACAUUUAUUUUAUGUGCAACACGGGUGUAGCCAGUUCCUGUGGCGUGCCAUACACCUGUUGUGUCUCCACUAAGGAUGAGAUGAUUCCAAACACACAGUGUGGAGAUGACGUUCGUAAAGGUGUUACUAAUCGUCUGCAAUUACAAGGCAAGAUAUACAUCAGAGGUUGUGUAGAUGCUUUCUCCGCGUGGGCGGAGGACAACCUCGCACUUAUUGCUGGAAUUAUUCUAGGCUUUGCUCUACCACAGGUAUGCUCAACUCAAUCGCAUUUUGGCUGAAAAUUUGUGAAUGAAGGAAUUUGCUGAUAAGUUAUACUAAGGUUAUUUUUUUGCAUGUGACCUUGUGAAUGUAAUCCUUGAUAGUAGAGGAUAUAAAUUUAAUUUGUCUCCCUGAAUGAGAUCCCAUGUUAUGAAAUAUUGUAUUUAUUCUCAGGCCUGUAGCCAUGGUUAUUUCUAUGAUUAGGCCAAACCCCUUUUCGAUGAACCUCUCUGUUUGAGUGAAUCUCCAUCUGAUGAACCAGAACCUGUCUCACAUUGAGGCAUCAAAAAGUUAAUCAUAUUCAUCAUUUACAUGACAGAAUUCUUCAGCUCGAAAGGCCUUUGCUUCCUGACCUCCAAAGGGUAUUUUACCUUGAAACCUACAAGACCACGUAACCCCCACCCUCCACCCAGAUUACUGAACCCCACAAGGCCGCUUACUUCUCCUCUCCCCCCACCCCAAAAAAAAAAAAAAAAAACAUUCAUAGGAAUCCUCCUGGUUACAGGCCUGAUUCUCAAGUGAUGCUUUUAUUGAGUUACUGCGGUGUUGCCAGUAUUUUAAAUAUCCAUAAGUCACAAGAUUUCUUUUAGUAUGAAGAUCUGUCAAGGAGAAUCUGUAUAAUAAAAAUGAUAAUUGUGGAGACUUCUAUAGCACUGGUGUCUACUAUUCAGUGCUCAUAACACUUUCAACACCAAAGCUUAAAAAAAAAAAACAACAAUGAAAGUAUGCACAAUGCAGAUUUUGUUCCAAAGUCACUUAAAACUCUCAAUCACAUGAUGCUGUUUGUAUGCACAAACCUACGAACUAACCUCAACCAUUCAAAAUUCUUCUUGGUGGUGGUUAAACUGGUCAUUGGUGAAAUAGUAUCUUAUAUAACUUUUAAUGUAAUGUUUUUACUGUGUUAGAACUCAAGUAGUGGCUGCAGAUCAUUUAUGCAGUUUCGAUUUUUCUAAAUAAAUACCAAUUGGAGAUAGUAUACACACAAUAUGAUACAUAAGAAAAUCUUAUUCAUAUGAUGGCCAUAUUAUAUUACUUUCUUAUUUUUUCUACUGUCCCACAAUUUACCAAUUUUAUGUACAAUUCUUCAAAGAGAAGUGACUACCUGUUUUUGAAAUUUCCAGUCACAGAAUUUACAGGAUUACGUUUUUAGGCUGUUACCCAUACAUGCCAAUAAAUUGAACAAUAAAUUGGCUAUUUACUGCAACCAACAUGUCUCUAUCAACCUCUCAAUACCGCCAGCGAAUCUCAUUCUGCAAUCUCUUGAAUUCAGUCAUCCUUCACCAUCACAUUAUG